UUGUGCUUUCUAAGGAAUGGGGUCUUAGAGCUGCCGUCCGAAACAACAUCAAGACGUCAGCCUGAACGGCCGGAUGAGUUCGCGGCGGGAAGCUCUCUUGAUAGAAACACGUUGUUAACUUCGUUGGCUCCCGCCUUUCGUGAGGAGAGCCAUCCGAAGAACUUCAGUGCCAUAGGCAAAGGCAGCUCAAGCAUCUCAUCCGACGUGAGUUCAAGUACAGAUCACACGCCGACCCAAGCCCAGAAGAAUGUGGCUACCAGUGAAGACUCCGACCUGAGCAUGCGCACCCUGAGCACGCCCAGCCCGGCCCUCAGCUGCGCCCCCGGCGCGCCCGGCGGCUGCCAGAACGGAAGGGGCUCGUCCACGUCGUCGUCGUCCGUCGCCGGCGAGACCGUGGCCCUGGUGCACGCGCCGCCGCCGCCGCCGCGCCUCGCGCACCCGCUCAUCCGCCUGGCGGCGCGGCCGCAGCGCGAGCAGGCGCGCGUGGAGCGGCUCCCGGACGCCUGCCUGGUGCGCGUCUUCUCCUUCCUGCGCACCGACCAGCUGUGCCGCUGCGCGCGCGUGUGCCGCCGCUGGUACAACGUGGCCUGGGACCCGCGCCUCUGGAGGGCCAUCCGCCUGGCGGGCGCCGGGCUGCACGCGGACCGCGCGCUGCGGGUGCUCACGCGCCGCCUGUGCCAGGACACGCCCAACGUGUGCCUGCUGCUGGAGACGGUGGCGGUGCGCGGCUGCCGGCGGCUCACGGACCGCGGGCUCUACGCGCUGGCGCAGUGCUGCCCCGAGCUGCGGCGCCUCGAGGUCGCGGGCUGCCAGGGCAUCUCCAACGAGGCCGUCGUGCACGUCGUGUCCCUGUGCCCCAACCUGGAGCACCUGGACGUGUCGGGGUGCUCCAAGGUGACCUGCAUCAGCCUGACCCGGGAGGCCUCCAUCCAGCUGUCGCCCUUGCACGGCAAGCAGAUUUCCAUCCGCUACCUGGACAUGACGGACUGCUUCGCGCUGGAGGACGAGGGCCUGCACACCAUCGCGGCGCACUGCACGCGGCUGACCCACCUGUACCUGCGCCGCUGCGCGCGCCUCACCGACGAGGGCCUGCGCUACCUGGUGAUCUACUGCAGCUCCCUCCGCGAGCUGAGCGUCAGCGACUGCCGCUGCAUCAGCGACUUCGGCCUGCGGGAGAUCGCCAAGCUGGAGGCGCGCCUGCGGUACCUGAGCAUCGCGCACUGUGGCCGGGUCACCGACGUGGGCAUCCGCUACGUGGCCAGGUACUGCGGCAAGCUGCGCUACCUCAACGCGCGGGGCUGCGAGGGCAUCACGGACCACGGCGUGGAGUACCUGGCCAAGCACUGCGCCAGGCUCAAGUCCCUGGACAUCGGCAAGUGCCCGCUGGUGUCCGACUCGGGCCUCGAGUGCCUGGCCCUGAACUGCUUCAACCUCAAGCGGCUCAGCCUCAAGUCGUGCGAGAGCAUCACGGGCCGGGGCCUGCAGAUCGUGGCGGCCAACUGCUUCGACCUGCAGAUGCUCAACGUGCAGGACUGCGACGUGUCCGUGGAGGCGCUGCGCUUCGUGAAGCGCCACUGCAGGCGCUGUGUCAUCGAGCACAGCAACCCCGCCUUCUGCUGAAGGCCCCGCGAGGACAGGGGCCGCGGGGGCCCCGAGGCCUUUCCUCCUCCCAAGGGGCGCCUGGGGCCUCCUGUCUCAGGAGCCCCCGGGGGCGCCCCCUCCCCAGGCCGCCCGGCCAACAGCCGCAGCCACACACCCUCCGCAGAUGCUCCCCUGACCCCCCACCCCCGCCCCUCGGCCCCGGGUUGGCCUAAGCCCCACGCACCAGUCCCCGGCCCGGGCAGAUUCUCGGUGAAUAAAUGUAGACAGAGCGCCUCCAGCCCUCUUCUAAAGAAUCACUAGUGGCAGGCCCGCCGUGCAGGAGGAGGCCCCGCCACCACCGGCCGGUGACCUGGGGCACAGGCCUGCCCUCGCUGGGCCGCGGCCUCGGGCGCUGAAUCAGAGGCCAUCCAGCUCCAGGAUCCGCGUCGUACCUGGUCCAGAAAGGACACAUGGGGCGCAGGUAAGCAGAAGCGCCCCGGCACACGGCAUAUGAGGCAUCUACCUCGUCCACGAAUACUGGUUCUGCGGGUGCUCCGGGGACACUCACGCGCGCCAGCCUGAGGGUCCUCUGCGCCCUCCGCUCCCACCGGAAUGUCACUCUAAGCCCGUUUGUUUUGGUGGGUGAGUCUCCCGGGCCCCUCCUCCUGCCCUGCUGGCUGGAUGGCUCCUGUGACAAGUGCUUCCCGCGUCACCCCCCGCCCCCUCCGCACGCACACGCACACACACACGCACACAUGCCAUCUUAUGGAAGAAAAGGAUUUCCUGCUCACAGCAAAGCCCACGUCCCCAGUCAGGCUGACGUUGCUGAAUGUUCUCAGAUAGGAAGCAAGACCCUCAUGAUUCCUAAUUGCCGAGUGAGGCCCGAGAGGACACGUCUUCGGAGGUUUUCCCGGUCCCUUCUAGUGUUCACGUGGCAUGCGUCAGGCACACGUGCCCUGCAGCUGGCAGGAACAGCCAUGUCGGUUCUUUGUCAUGCAGCUCACACUUCCACUUUGCUCGUCUAUUUAUUUCUCUGUGCAUCCAGACUUCAUCCCGUGAAGCCCGUGGGCCUAAGCCCUGAGCGUUCAGCUGCGCGGGUUGCCGCCUUCGCCGGCGCCUGUCCGCGUGUUCUCUGUCAAAGGAAGCACAGCGGACUUGCAGGUGUUUAAGUACUGUUCACUCAAAAAUGUCAGGCAAACGGAAGAAGGAGCACAUUGGUGACACUCGGGCGCUGGUGCGCUAGCCAGGCCCUUGGAAUAGAACAUUAAAAUCGUUGCCAAGCACACAUCCUAAAUGGCCCUAUUUGGAUGGAAAGCCACUUGCUGGCCUCAUUCGCAUGAAGUCAGGAUGCCAGAGGAAAGCCCACGGCUCAUUUUCAUGACCAUGCAGUUGCCUUUUGUUAGUAAACCCAGGACUGUGCCCACAUGUUCUCUAGCCACACCUCUCCCUCAUCCCUGCUGUUCCGUCAUCCGCUUCUUUCUCAAAGGGUCCACCAUCCAAACCCAGAACCUCCGCAUCUCCAAGCUAAGGAUGUGGGAUUCGUUUCAGAUCAAGCUCACACACAGCUCGACAACUGCACUCCCACUGUAGGCUCCCUGCGGUCUGGUUUUUUUUUUUGUUUGUUUGUUUUUUUUUGUCUCAUGUCGGGAAGGAGGAGAUAGAGUGAGGUGGCAUCUGCCCAGAAGUUUUCUUCCACGCGUCACGUGACGUAUGGCCUCCUCUCCAGUCAACAUCGUCAGCAACUUAGUGUGCAAUCAAGACCCUGUGCCACGGGGGCUGGGGGUGAAUUGCUUGGCUGGGAAGAGCGUCUAGGGAUAGUCACAGGGUUUAGAGCCAUGAAAGAGGUUGAAUGUCGCAUCCCCAUCUCUGUGACUUGUGACCGGGUCUGACGUUUUAGGAUUUUAUGAGUCGCAAGGAUUGUCCCUAGCCCAGGCACCGGGGUCUUCCAAGUGGCAUAUGUUAAUGCCCCCAGAAUGAGGAGAGAGAUCCAAAACGGCGCCCUGAGCCAGGGAACGGGGUGUCCCACCGUCUCCCGACCACAUCACCUAACCAGCCUUCCAAACAUGAGACAAAGCUGACUUUCGCACUCACUGCCCAGCACAUGCUGCCCCUCCCAGUCUCUCCCUUUCCCCCAGUCUUCUUUUCAUCCACUCUGCCCCCACUUGGGAUAUGAAUCUAUGGCAGAAGUCACUGGGGAAGCAGCUCAGCAGAUUCUUAGAGACCAAGAAAAAGGCCUCACUAGGAAAUUUAUCUGUUUUAAAACAUUGCUUCCUUCCUGCCUCUGCGAAAUUGAAUGCUCAUUGUUUUUUUUUUUUAUUUCUAAUGUUCAAUCACUGCGUGCUGUAUGACUCUAGAAAGCCUUAAUUUACUACCACCAAGAAAUAAAGCAAUAUGUUGGUAA